AUGUCUCACGGCACGUUCGACGACGCGCCUUCGUCUGCGAACAACAACAACUCGAGUGGUUUUGGUUCAGGAAUUAACAUUUUCGGCGCGAACUCGGUCCGCGAACGACCUCAGUCCGUGUCCUCGUUCCAAGACAUCAGUGCCUCCAGCACGUUGGAUGAAUCGAUUUCCAAAACGUUCAAACGCGACAUCGAUCGGAUCGUCUCGAACGUGAAGAACGUGCUCGACGCGAAGCGAGUGUUUUUAGGGAACAGGAGGAGUAGCAUUGGGGAGGAGAAUAGUCAACAACAACAACAACAACCGUUGCGCGAUUGGGAUUUAUACGGUCCUCUGAUUUUCGUUCUCCUCUUUGGCGUGUGUUUGUCCUCCUCUGCGGGCGGAGGAUCUUCUUCAAAGACAAAGUCGGACGCGGGAACGAUAUUUUCGGUCGUGUUCGCGACCGUCGCGUUCGGGGCGUUCGCGUUGACGCUGAACGUGAAAUUUCUCGGUGGGAAAAUCAUUUUUCUCCAGGCGAUGAGUUUGAUCGGGUAUUGCAUAUUCCCGCUCGAUAUGAGCGCUGUAUUGUGUUGGGUUUCCGCGAACUCCUGGUAUCGGUUCUUCGUGGUCGGGUUAGGCGUGACGUGGUCGUGCGGAGCGUCCGUGCCGUUCGUGAGUGCAGCCGUCGUCGAGGAGAGGAAAGCGUUAGCCGUGUAUCCAAUGGUGCUGUUGUACGUGACUUUAGGUCUGUUCGCCGCCGUCGUAGUUUAA